UGACGAGGACAUACAUAUGUAUCUGUAUAGCAUGAUCUCUAGGCUAACAGUUACAGCUUUGGAUAACGUCUGCUUGUCACUUUUGGAAGUACCCUCCUGACUGUGUGACCCAGUUAUCAUUUUUACUAAUCUCCUAUUGCCAAUAAUCUGUUAGGGCGGGGGCAUACAUAUAGCAUUGCGAAAGCUAUGGUUUAAUGGUGCCACCCAUAUUUUGGGGAAUUGUAAUAUUCAGGACAAUCUCUACUCUUUACCGCAACGAUAAACCACAAGUGCCCGUAGCUACCUUUUAAUUUUGCGCGUUCCCGUAACAGUGUCCGCCAUUUUGAUUAAAAAAUAUGACAGCAUCCUUGUCUGUCUUGCUGCAAUCUUGAGGGUAAAAGCGACAAUUAAUUUACUGGCGCUGGGAUUGAUUGUACUAUACACGGGUGGAAGGGUCAGGCAGAUUCUGGUGAGCUGUCAAAGAAACACUCGCCAGAUUACUGACAGAUUUGGUUGAUGGGGCGUGCAGCUCCAGUUGACUGGCUUGGAAUAUAAACAAACUGCUCAACCAGCUACUUUAGCAGACUGACACAGACGCCCUGGAGCUAAAUGACAAGUGUGUGUGCGCCAAUGGUGUGAGUGUGUAAUCGUCCAUGCAGAUGACCAUUCCUUCCUGGGUCUAUGAGACAAAUGACUGAAGAGGUCUGACCAAGGACACACAUUAAUUAGCUGCAGCCAUGUUCUGGAAGUUUGACCUGCACAUGUCGUCCCAGCUGGAGGCCCUGCUGGAGAAGGAUGAUGUCACACUCACUGAGCUCAUGGAGGAGGAGGACGUACUACAGGAGUGCAAGGCCCAGAACCACAGGCUGCUUGUCUUCCUGUCCCAGGACACCUGCAUGCAGGAGCUGCUGCACCUCAUCACCACAGAGCCCCCUGCUGGCCUGGAAGAAACAAGACGUUUUAAGCACCCUAACAUAGCGUGUGAGCUGCUGACGAGUGAUGUGGGGGUGAUAAAUGAUAAGCUGGGUGGAGAGAAGCUCCUGCUGGAUACCCUGUACUCUUUCCUGGAGCAGCCCCCUCCCCUCAACCCCCUUCUUGCGUCCUUCUUCAGCAAGACCAUCGGAAACCUCAUCACACGCAAGACCGAACAGGUGAUCUCCUUUCUGCGGGGAAAGGAGGGUUUCCUGGGUCUGGUCCUGAAUCACAUCAACACAUCAGCCAUGAUGGACCUCCUGCUACGCCUCAUCAGCUGUGUAGAGCCUGCUCCUCUCAGACAGGACACACUCAACUGGUUAAAUGAAGAGCAGCUGGCCCAGAGGCUUAUAGAGCUCAUCCACCCUGGGAAAGAUGAGGAGAAACAGUCAAAUGCAUCCCAGACUGUGUGUGACAUCAUCCGUCUCAGCAGAGACCAGGCCAAUCAGCUCCAAGAGAACACUGAGGCUGACCCUCUGCUUGCCGUGCUGGAGUCGCAGGAGUGUCUGGGUCAGCUGCUGGACAACAUGUUUGUGGGAGAGAGGACAGAGAGCUGUAUCAUCUGUGGAACUCAAAUCCUUCUAACCUUACUGGAAAUCAGGAGGCCAGGGGUGGAGGGUAUGUUGGAUGUGUGUGUUCAGGGACAUGAGAGGUGUGUCAACAGUAGCAUCCUGCAGGCCAUCCAACCCCACCUCACACACUACCACCAACUACUGCUGGAUCCGCCCAGGGUGACCCCCAUGCUUACCAGUCUAGGUGUGUUGGAGGUGCCACUGGGUAACUGUCGUCUCCAUGUGGCCAGACUGAUGGCCUCUCUGCUACAGACCACUAACACCAGUUAUUACAUUUGUUGUAACAACACCAUUUAUAACACUGUCACACUGGAGCUCUGCAGACUCAACACCAUAAACAUUCUACUGGACCUGUUCUUUAAGUACACCUGGAACAACUUCCUGCACUUCCAAGUGGAGCUGUGUGUGGCAGCCAUCCUCAGCCACUCUGCCCAGGAGCAGAGACCCCUGGUUACCCAGGAAAAUCCCAGGCUUCAGCAGGAGCCCCAGGAGAAGCAGGCCUCGCCUGGCCCUACACUCCCACUGCCCUCUGUUCCUCCCGACAUCUCCACACACAACCCACUGGUGACCCAUUUGUUUCAGGACUGUCGUCUGGUUCUGAGGAUAUUGGAGGCCUGGGAGGAGAAUGAUAAGAUGCAGGCGGAGGGGGGCAUGAGGAGAGGCUACAUGGGUCACCUGACUAGGAUCGCCAACACUGUAGUCUGUAGCAUGGAGAAAGGACCAGUACACAGCCAGAUCAGCAGCCUUAUUACAGAGCUGCUUGUGGAUUGCAAGGGGCGCUGGGAGACCUUUGUAGACCAGGCCCUGACAGAGAUCAACAGGAAGAACACUGUAGACCUGGUGUCUCACAACCUGCGCUCCUCCAGUGAAGACGAUGAUCGACAGAGUCCCUUCCCCAAAGAGCUGUCACUGCAACAAACAUUCUCAGACUACCAGAUCCAGCAGAUCACUGCUAACUUUGUGGAUCAGUUUGGCUUCAAUGACGACGAGUUCUCAGAACACGGCGACAACAUCAAUGCCACCUUUGACCGGAUCGCAGAGAUUAACUUCAACGUGGACACAGAGGACACUGCUAAGACUGCAGCAUUUGAGGCCUGCACCAAGGAGAAGAUCCAGUCGUUUGAUGACAACGAAGAGGAAGAUAUCUGGGAGGAGAGAGAGAUCAACUAUACUACACACACUAAGUCUAGGACCAGGUUUGGGGGGUCACGGACGUCUGUUGGAGCGGCUCAGAGUGAUGGGGUGAGCGAUACUGCUGGUAGCUCAACAGGUUCUGAAACGGAGGAGUGGGAGGUGCCUAUUGAGGUCACAGGUCAGACAGAACACAGCAAGAACAUCAGCCAGACUGAGAACAUCAGCCAGACUGAGACUGCACAGAGCCCUGGCUGGGCGGCUAGUUUCGGGGAGGUGAACUCUAAGGCCCCCUCUCCUGGAGUGGGCAUGGAUCCAUGGGCUAACCCCACCCCCAAGUCUGGAGUGGGCGUAGACCUAUGGGGUAGCCCUGCCCCCACACCUGGAGUGAGCUUAGACCCGUGGGGUAGCCCCGCCUCUAAAUCAGGAGUGGGCGUAGACCCAUGGGGUAGCCCCACCCCCAAGUCCGAAGUGGGCGUCGACUCAUGGGACAGCCCUGCCCCCAAGUCAGAAGUGGGCGUGGAUGCAUGGGGCAGCCCCGCCCCCCAACCCAUAACUGCAGAGAAGGGCUGGGCCAAGUUCACUGACUUUCAGCCCUUCUGCUGUUCAGAGACAGGUCCGAGGUGCACUUCUCCAGUAGACUCCGAGAUCUGUGGGUCAGACAAAACAAAACCCAGCCAAGACAAGAACUCUUGUGUGUGGAGUGUGUGUGUGGCGAGGAAGGCUCCCCUGGUAGCAUCAGACAGCUCUUCAUCAGGAGGCUCAGAAAGUGAUGAAGAGGACAAGACUGAAUCUGUUACUAUGGAGACGGUAUCCAAGGAAAUGGUCACUACAGAGACCGUUGUUACAACCGCCGGACAGGAGACCAUCAGACUUAGGAUGGACGCCAACAACGAGAGAGCUGUCUUCACCAGAGUGUUCCAUCCUGCAGUCAGAGGUGAGGCUGACAUGAGAGAGAAAGAGAAGAUGAAGGAGAAAGAGAGGGUGAUGGGUGGAGGAGACCCUCUCAAUGCCACCGCUGCUCCCCUCAAAAUUCGGCCUGCCACCGUCACAAAAGACACACCAUCCUUGGCAAACGGACCUGCCUAGUACUACGGUACCACGACACACACACACACACACUCCACUUUCCAACAACACUCCAUGCCAUGCAACGUCGUGUAUCGUGAGCAGUGCUGCCCUGUCAUAGGUCUGUGUCUAGGACAUCUACGGUGGCUGAGAGAGUCAAAAAGCAGAAGAGAAAAGCCAUUCCGGAAGCCAAACAACAGCUCCUAAACACAACAGUUUAUAAACAGAUUCAUGUGAUGUUUGUCCCUGCCCUACUGCUGUAGUCUCUCCUAGACACCUAUCACCACACUGCGACGUGUGGUGUGUGUGUGUGUGUGUGAGAGAUCCAGCUUUAUGUAGUCUUGUUGUUAGUUCUUGGCUCAGCCAGUUUUUUUUUUUUUACACUUUAAGUAGAAAAGACGCUCCAUUCCCGCUGUAGUCACAUCAUCAGUGCAGAGUAGUCUGAGGAGGGGAAUGAGUAGUCAGUACUGACUGUAAGAUCUUCAAAGACAAAGUGUGUUCCUAGUUUUUUUUUUACUCAAUAAUUUCAGCAUAGAAAAUCCAGCCUGAUUAUGAAAAUUCUCCACUAUCUUUCUUCCUCUCUGUGUGGACUAUUCCGUCUGUUCUUCCUCUCUGUGUGGACUAUUCCGUCUGUUCUCCCUCUCUGUGUGGACUAUAACAGGUAGUGAAAAUAUUGAUUCUGUCUGUUCUUUCUCUUUGUGUGGGAGAUUUGGAAUAUAUAUUCUCAGGUUAAAAGAGCAGUUCUGUGGAUGUGAUGAAAGCACACCUGUGUGACGUCACACACAGCAUGAGUACACACACAUACAGUGUGAUUAUUCACACACACACAAAGCUUGAGGCAUACACACUCCACUGUAUGAGUGUAUACACACAAACACAGAGUUUGCGUAGACAAGCACUCACACCCUUCCAUAUCACCCCUCCACAGAGCUGUGUAAAUGUAAUAUUGUGACCGUUGAACCUUUUAUUAGGUUGUGGUAAAAUGUAAACGUAUUAUAAUGUAAACAGUAUAUAUAUAUAUAUAAACACGUAUCUAUUUUUGGUAUCAAUUCAGAUGUAUCGGAAAGCGGAUGUUUAGCAGGUUGCUGCGUGUGUGUGUGUAUGUGUGUGUGUGUGUGUGUGUGUGUUUAUAAUGGUGAAAUGAGGCAAUAAUGACAUCUGUGUUAUGGUUUUUACCCCAGCAUCAGACCCUGAUACCCUGCUACAUGCUUCCUCCUGGGUGUGUGUGUGGGUACAUGUAUGUAUGUGUUUAAUGUAUUGGAAAUGUCCAUAUCCAAUUCCUCAUGCUAUAUCAUCUUAUCAGUAUCUAAAGCGGUCUCUCUCCCUUCUCUCAUUUAGAGCAUGUCAUUCAGGUAUGACUUAGUGAAGUUAGUUUCUGUUGUGUGGUUUUAUGUUUAAAGCACUUUGUGAUGGUGGUUAGAACCAUCAAGGUAUUUUACUCACAGCUGAGGAGGAGGUUUGACUUAAAGGAAUCAGUGAGUUAUUACAAAAUCUUAAUAAUAUUUGUAUGUGAUAUGACGAUUUGAUCCACCUAUUGUGAUGCCAAAGUGGGCUAGAGACUAAUGAAAUUGGCUAGAUUUGGGAUAGGGAGAGGGAUCCACCCUGAUAAAGCUAACGAGUUGUGUACAGAGUUACGUCAUACCUUCACCCCAACACUACACACUGCAUCUGACCCAUACCACACCACACACUGCAUCUGACCCACACCACACUACACACUGGAUCGACCCAUACCACACCACACACUGCAUCUGACCCACACCACACACUGCAUCUGACCCACACCACACACUGCAUCUGACCCAUACUACACACUGCAUCUGACCCACACCACACACUGCAUCUGACCCAUACCACACCACGCACUGCAUCUGACUCAUACAACACCACACCACACACUGCAUCUGACCCACACCACACACUGCACCUGACCCAUACCACACUGCACCUGACCCAUACAACACCACACACUGCAUCUGACCCAUACAACACCACACACUGCAUCUGACCCAUACAACACCACACACUGCAUCUGACCCAUACCACACCACACACUGCAUCUGACCCACACCACACACUGCAUCUGACCCACACCACACACUGCAUCUGACCCACACCACACACUGCAUCUGACCCACACCACACACUGCACCUGACCCAUACCACACCACACACUGCACCUGUCCCAUACCACAACACACACUGCACCUGACCCAUACAACACCACACACUGCAUCUGACCCAUACAACACCACACACUGCACAUGACCCAUACCACACCACACACUGCACAUGAUCCAUACCACACCACACACUGCACAUGACCCAUACCACACCACACACUGCACCUGACCCAUACCACACUGCAUCUGACCCAUACCACACCACACACUGCAUCUGACCCAUACAACACCACACACUGCAUCUGACCCAUACCACACCACACACUGCAUCUGACCCAUACCACACCACACACUGCAUCUGACCCAUACCACACCACACACUGCAUCUGACCCAUAUGUGUGCGUGCUCUCUGUAGUCAGAGGCCUUUUAUAAAGGGUUCUGAUGCUGGCGGUUCAUUUUCUGUAUAUGUAAUUGUGUGUGUUACUGUUGUCAAACCUAGCCUGUAAAGUCAGAUAUCAAACUAAUAAAUAUCUCAACCAUCAA